AUAGUGGAGAAAAACCAACUAUCAAUGAAAGACGUUUUCGUGCUCUGUGUGUUUUGACGUACUCCGAGAAUGUGGAUUUGCAACGUUCAGCUGCGCUGUGGCUCGCGGAGAUCAGUGAAAAAUUGUUACAGCCAAUAACAUUACGUUUGAUGAAGCUAGUCAGUUCACUACUCGAAUCAGGGGAUAUGGAGACACAAAAAGCUGCUUCUCUUGCUCUGAACAACCUUGCAGUACAUGGUCCAGAUUGUAAUAAAGAUAUAAUUGUAAAGAGUGGCGGAUUGCGUAUUCUAAUCCGGCUUCUACGUUCAUCCAGCCUUGAGGUGAAGUGCAAUGUGUGUGGCUGUAUCACAUCUUUAGCGACCUCAGAUAUUAACAAACGAGAGAUUGUUGUGAAUGGUGGUGUAAAACCCUUGUUAGUCUUAGCCAAAUCACAAGAUAUCCGUGUCCGGCGAAAUGCUGCCGGGGCACUCCUCAAUCUGACGCAUAUAGAUGCUAACCGGCAAGCUCUAGUGUCAGCUGGAGCGAUUCCAGUUUUUGUGGCGCUACUAAGCUCAGAUGACACUGAUGUGCAAUAUUACUGCUCUGCUGCCCUCAGUAAUCUAGCAGUGGAUGAAAGCCAUCGUAAACAUGUUAGCAAGGAAGGAAACCACAAAGUUUUACGUUCAUUAAUACGUCUGCUGGAUUCACCAGUUGAUAAGGUGAAAUGUCAAGCCUGCUUUGCUCUGCGGAAUUUAGCCUCCGAUGAAUCUAACCAGGUAGCUAUUGUAGAAUUAGGAUCACUUCCUCCUUUACUCAGGAUUAUCAAGACCAGUCAAAAGGACACUCUGUCAGCAGCAGUGGCGGCUGUACGCAACCUCUCUAUUCACAGGCAAAAUGAGACCCCAAUUGUACAAGAGGGUUUCCUGAAAGAGCUUUGCAGACUACUGUAUGAACCAAUGAUAUGGGAAGUACACUGUCACGCUGCUGGUACGCUACGUAACUUAGCUGCAGGAGACCACAUUAAGACAAUUCUGAGUUCUGGUGGUUUGGAGAGUUUAGUUAAUACUUUUAUGCAGAGUACAUCACCAGCAUCAGUUCAGACAGAAGUAACAGCAGCACUGGCAGUUAUAUCAAGCGAUGAUGACGCUAAGCAGAAACUGUUGAAUAGCCACUCAGGUCGGUUCUUUGGUCGACUCAUCAACUUAGCUGUCAGCUCUCCACACUCUGAGGUGCAAUACAACAGCGCAGGUAUCAUCGGCCAAGUAGCAUUAUUAGAUAUUCCUUCAGAACUCUUGAGAACAAACAUACUUGGACUACUGAAAUAUUUGGAGCGAUUCCUACGAAGCAAAGACACUAACUUCGUCCACAUUGCACUAUGGACAUGUGUUCAGUUACUGAAAGAUGAAUCAUUUAGGACUUCCUUCCGUGAUAGUAAUUUGCCAGGCCAGGUGAGAAAACUCCAUGUUAUACCAUCACUGCCAGGACAUAUCAAGGACCUGGCAGCUACGGUGCUAGAGGAGCAGGGUUAAAGAGGAUGUGCUUUUUAAGCGGAACAGAAGAAACACAGCCUAUUGGUGACGAAAAAAACCUCUCAUUAAGUGACACAGUGUAAAAUAAUAGUGUCAUUAGUCUUCUAUUUGUAUAUAUAUAUUAAGUGUUUUAAAACUGUUCUGUUAGGUUUUUGUAUGUACUACUAUAGGUGCCAGAUGAAGACUGACUUGGAAGGAGAUGAAUCCCACACUAGCUAUGUACAAAAUACUUUUUGCUAUAGAUCAAAUCUCUUGCUUGUUUAUGCUGCUCAGUGUGUGUAGGUGUGUAUGCUUCAAGUCUUAAAUUUGUUUUUAAUAUUAAGUUACUUGUCUUUUGAUUUUUAGUACUAAGUAUUUAAUGUAAUGAUAAUAAUGUCUCACAUUUUGGGAGACAAAUCAUUUUCUUUUAAUGGUCAACUGUAGUAUUAUUUAUAGCAAUAUGUGAUAUGUUUAUAAAAUAACUGUAAAUAAUUAUGAAUACAUGUAGUUUAGUAAACAAUUUCAUAGUUAUUUAUUGAAGGAGUUGUUAUAUGAAGCAAGCAAUAUACAUGGAAUUCAUCCAGGGUUAAAGGUUAUGAAACUUAUCAGGUUUAAAUUAUUUAGUCACAUGAUUGAGGUUGGUUUUCUCAGAUGCUGUUUAGACCAUCUUCUUUCUGUUACGUAAAACUUGGUCGACAUUGAGAUGACACUAUCAUGUGAUAUGGUAUUAACAAGUUGAAUGACCAGUCCAGAAAGAAAUUGCAUAUUAAAACCAUCCAGGCUACAGUUUGUAGAAAAAUUUUCCAGGGAGUGUAACAUAGCAAUAAAGUUGUGAUGUUAAUACCAUAGUUUUUCUGUGUGUGUGGGUGGGGGUGUGUGUAAGUCUGUGAUGAGUUGAGAUAGUGUCAUAUCUGGUUUGUGUUAACCAUAUUCGUAAUGUACAUUUUUUAAUUCACCAUUUAAUAUAAAGUUUGUAAUACUGAGAUGAUUUAGGAUGAGGUAUUGUGCUGUGGUGUGUUGUGUGUGCAAUGUAUUGAUAUUGGUCUUAUAUUUUAUCUAUACUGUAUUACCUUCCACAUUAAACUUUCUCUCAAAAACACCUUUUAAACAUGAAAAAGCAUAUACACUGACAAAACAGGUAAACCUUUAAAUACCUCGGAUUGUUAGUGUUUACACCAUUUAUUCAUAAACUUGCAGUAUCUUAAUAUUGUGAUAACAUUUAAUAGUGAAUGUGAUUGUGUUUUUAAUAUUUAUUGUUACUGAAGCUUGCUACCUAUUUCAAAUGUUUGAUUAUAAAUUGCAACUUUUCUAAGUUUUAGUUAUAAAAAUGUUUUUUUUUUUCAGGAAAGCAAAUGAUUUCCACCUUGAAUUGGGGAAUUUUUCAUAUCAAGAUUCAGAUAUUUAAUACUCAUGUUUUAACUUUAUAAUUAUUUUAACAGAGCAAAAUAUUAAUUAAUCACGAACUUAAUAUACUGUAUACAUAUAAAC